GCUGUUUGUUUAAAGCUAUAUACUUGACUGAAACAAACAUAUAGCUGAGCUUAAAAUCAGAAUAGAAAAAUCAGAAUCCUCAGUUGGAAGACUCUUCGGCGGGUUUCUGAAGCAGCUUGUUUUGUCUCCUCUGGAAUUCGAACUGCAGAAAAGAUCACCAAAUCAGUUUCCAGGUCACGGAAGAGAGAUUGCCUACCUGUGAAUCAAGAGAGGACAGCAAUGUAAGCUGGCUCUGCAGAGAAAACCUGAUUUACUUGGAUUAGUGGCUUCUGUCACAACCACAAUUUCAAGCUUAGAAGCAGCGUAACUGAAGCAUUUGGACCUCCUCUACACUGACUGCCGUGUCCACACCGUGACAAUGACCAGCCGACGUUCUGAUGAAAGGGCAGCCAGACCGGCAUCAGGAGAGCCCACUUUACAAAGAGCACAAGAGCAGAUUGAUCGUCUGCUUAAUGUCUCACUCAAUGUAGCUGUAACUGGAGAAUCAGGGGCAGGAAAGUCAACCUUUAUCAAUGCAUUUAGAAAUCUGGGUGAUGAAGAUGAAGGAGCAGCUGAAACUGGAGUUACUGAAACCACCACUGAACCAACACCUUACACACACCCCACAAUGCCAAAUGUGACACUUUGGGACCUGCCAGGAGUCGGAACCCCAAAGUUCAAAGCAAAGACAUAUGCUAAGGCAAUGAAGUUUGACAGGUAUGACUUCUUCCUUAUCAUCUCAUCACGUAGAUUCAGGGAGAAUGACCUCAUGCUGGCCAAAGAGAUCAAACAAAAAAAAAAGCAGUUUUACUUCAUCAGAUCAAACAUAGACAUUGAUAUUGCAAAUGAAGAAAAUAAAAGGGGCUUUAACAGAGAAGAAACUCUCUCAAAAAUCAGAAGAAACUGUAAGGAAAACUUAUCGGAUGUUGGAGAUUCCAAAGUUUUCCUCAUAAACUGCAGGGAUCUUACUGCAUUUGAUUUUGAGGAGCUUGUUGAAACUCUAAAUUCAGAGCUCCCUCAACAUAAGCAAGAAGCUCUGCUGUUGUCUGUGCCGGUCACUUCUGUGGCUAUUCUGGAGAAAAAAGUGAAGAUUGUUGAGAAAGUAAUCUUGGGUGCAGCCACUGUGUCUGGUGCAAUUGCAGCGGUUCCGGUGCCCGGCCUGUCAUUCGCAUGUGAUAUGGCUAUGGUGGGGUCAUUCUUUACCACGUGCUACCACAUCUUUGGGCUUGAUGACAAAUCACUAAAAAAGCUCUCAGAACGAGUGAACAAGCCACAUUUGAAGAACCUGGACAAGUCCCCUCUAUUAAAGGAACUUGCACAAAACUCAGCGGCCAGAAUGGGAGUGUCAGCAGUGGGAGAGUUCCUGUGUAGUUUGAUUCCUGGUCCUGGGAGCAUCGCAGCAGCAGCCAUCUCUUUCACUACGACACGUGAUCUGCUUCAGAAAGGCCUGAAAAAGCUGGCAGAUGAAGCCAGAAGGGUGCUGAGAGAGGCAGGAUUACAGUGAUGAGAACACCCUGAGAUACAUCAGGAAAAAGUACAACUGAAGGAGAGUAAAAGACCAAAUCACCGGUCGUGCACACACACGCACACACACACACACACACACACGCACACACAUACACACACACACACACACACGCACACACGCACACACAUACAUACGCACACACAC